ACAAGACUCCCCACGCCAGUCGCUAAUGUUUCCCACUGCGGCCCUAUUCUUAUCUCUCUUGGUGGCAUCCGCGUCAUCCUCUCCCACAAACCUGAGUCGACGUACCACGUCUCCGGUCGCAGUUGGCUAUUAUACCGGAUGGCACAACGAUGACUUUCCUCUCACUGAUGUGAGCUGGGAAAAAUAUACGCACAUGAUAUAUUCUUUUGCUGAGACGGUGGAAGAUCCCUCCGGGGCUCUAUAUUUGAACCGCUCCAGCCCAGAGGUCAUACCUGAUUUCGUCAAGGCAGCGCAUGAUAAUAACGUCAAGGCCAUGAUCGCUGUAGGAGGUUGGACCGGCUCCUUGCACUUUUCUACCAACGUGGAAAAUGAUGCCAACCGGAAGGCCUUCGUCCAGAGCGUCGUCAGUCUCGUUCAGAGCUACGGUUUUGACGGUGUAGACUUCGACUGGGAGUAUCCGGGCAGCGAAGUCGGCGUCGGCUGCAACGCGAAGAGCCCCGAUGACACUGCCAAUUACCUUCUUUUCCUCCAAGAACUCCGCGCAGACCCAGCCGGCAAAGAUUUCGUUGUCAGUGCCCCUACUGCAGUGAGACCCUGGCUGGAUGCGAGUGGCAACCCUUCGAGUGACGUCUCAGGCUUCGCCGACGUCCUUGACUUUAUCACGAUCAUGAACUAUGACCUUUGGGGGAGCUGGAGCGCGACAGCGGGACCCAACGCACCUCUCGACGAUUCAUGCGAGAGCGCGGACAAGCAAGAGGGGUCGGCCGUGUCUUCCGUCAAGGCGUGGAACGAUGCUGGAAUGCCGUCCGACCACAUCGUCAUGGGCGUGGCGACGUAUGGGCAUUCGUUCAGCGUUAAUGCAUCGUCCGCAUUCCCCAACGGCGACGGCGUGCUCGCAGCUUACCCAUUGUUCGACGCUAGCGUCCGAUUAGUGGGAGAUAGCUGGGACAAUUCCACCGGCAGUGACGUAUGCGGCAAGCCAUUCCUCGCCAGUGGAAAUAUGGAUCUCUGGGGUUUGGUCGAGGGUGGAUGGUUGACUGAGGAAGGCGUCGCCGCGGAUGGUAUUGCGUAUGUUUACGGUGACUGUGACCGGACGCCUCGGGUCUAUAACCAGGAGGCAGAGCAUUUUGUCUCUUUUGAUGAUGCGACGUCGGUCGCUGAAAAGGGCGUACUGAUUAGCACUAUGGGCCUUCGUGGGUUUGCGAUGUGGGAGGCGGGAGGUGAUUACAAGGACAUCCUUCUGGACAGUGUUCGCGCGUCGUCGUCCCUAUUCUAAC